CCAGGUCGGCGUCCAUAUUGUGUAACACAAAGUGACGCUACGGACUAAUUCAUCUUAUAGUCAUGUAGGUAUAGCUAGGAAUCCGUUUAAAACGGAUUAGGACCGGCAUGGAAAUGGAAACCGAGUUGUUAAAUAGAUACUUAAAAAAGAUAUCAGACGAUAUAUCAAGUAGUAGCGUGUGGAAAUGCAGUUAUUAAGAUGCCUAGGCACAUUAUAAGCGGAAAACGGAAAGGAGGCGUUGGAGUGACGAAGAGAUAGAUAGAAGAAGCAGAAUGAAGAGAAGAAAAACGAAAGAAAAACUAAGAAAACUGAAAAACAAAGCUCUGAUCAUUCUGUAGCAAAACCAUAAAGCCUAAAUAGCGUUUCUUGCCCUGCAUGUGAAGAAGUUUACGUGGAACCUCCAAAUGAAGACUGGAUUCAGUGUUCCACAUGUUCUGAGUGGUGGCACGAAAACUUUUCCAAAUAUGAAGUCAAGGAAUUAUAUCAAAGUCGUUCAAAUAUGUUACAAUAUAUCUUCUUUACAUCCUGCACGUUGUUUAGUGAGGAGCCGCGGCAAGGUGAUGCUGGCGGUGCUGGCCUCGGCGGUGCUCUACACCGAGGUGCUGAGCUACUGGCUGCAGGCGUGGCUCUGGUGGCCGCGGCUGCACUGCGAGGGCGCCCGCUGCCUCGUGCUGCUCCUGGUGGCAGACCCCCAGCUGCUGGGCGAGCAGUACGAGGCCCCCUUCCCCAAGGGCGCCCUCACCCGCUGGGACUGCGACAGGUACCUGUCGAGAACGUUCAGCAGCGCGGUGGCCCACGUGCGCCCGGACGCGGUCGUGUUCCUGGGGGACCUCAUGGACGAGGGCAGCAUCGCCAGCGACGAGGAGUUCGGCCGGUACCUCCGCAGGUUCCACAGCGUGUUCCGCGUGGACCCCGGCGUGCAGUUGGUGUUUGUGCCCGGGGACAACGACGUGGGCGGGGAAGACGAACCGCUGACCCUCGACAAGUUGAGGAGGUUCGAAAGGGCAUUUCCUCAGCCCGACGUCAUCCAGUUGCAGUUCGCCGACGUGCUGAAGGUGAACAGGUUGUCAUAUUCUGUUCCGAAACCUGAACAGUAUGGCGUGUCAUUGGUAGCGAACAGGACGCGCAUCGUUCUCACCCAUCUGCCUUUACUUUUCUUACCGUCCGCAUUCGUCCAACAGGGUACUGGCGGUGUCCGGCAGCGCGAGUGCGUGCCGACUGCGCAGGUGUCGGCGCAGCUCCGUCCCCAGCUGAUCUUCUCCGCGCACGACCACAAGUCCCUGCACGCGGCCGCGGACGCGGGCUCCGGCGAGGAGCGCGUGCUGGAGGUGCUGCAGCCGUCCGCCGGGCGCUCGCCCGUGUACCGCUUCCCGCUGGGGCGCGCCGCGCUGCACGAGGUGAUGGUGCCCACCUGCUCCUACCGCAUGGGCGUCUACCGCAUGGGCUACGGCGUCGCCGCCAUCGACGCGGACAGACAGAUGCUGAGCUACGCCGUGCUGUGGCUGCCGUCGCGCUUCGCGCAGCUGCUGGUGUACGCGGUGCUGGGCGCGGCGCUGGCCGCCGCAGCGUGCACGGCCUGGCUGCGUGGGCUGUGCUGCAGGUGUCAGCGCGGGCUGGUCGUGGCGUAGCGUGCCCCCGCCCUGCCGUGAAGACUGCGAGCUCCGUGAGUGCGCUACUCGGCUGUGAGGGUUUUCUCGCGCCCUGGCUCCGUUGUCGGGCAGCUUCUGACGAAUCAGACUCGGUUAACAGUACAGGAAUUUAACGCUGAUGUGCAUCAUAUGGUGAAAAUGGGUUAGGAGGCGCAUGAUUACUACCUGGAGAGAAAUUAUUUGUUUUUUCCGUUAGAACUGUUGAAACACCUAGUUUGCGAGUUGGAUGUUGCUUGGGCUGUGAAAGAUUUUGCGCGUGCUUAAAUUUGUACAAGUUCUAGUGAUAAAAAAAGUGGGUGUAAUUAUUAAUUAUGCCAUGCUUUGAAAAAUUUCCACAUUUUUUUUUCGUGGUACUUGAAACUGUGUACAUACUAUGUAAAAUAUUAUAAACAGAAGAAUGCUGUCAUCGUUUUUACAGUACGGCAUUUCAGCAGUUCUACUGGAUAUACAAGAACCUUGUUAGGAAUCAUCCUACCUCAUCUUCAGUCUAUGAUGUGCAAGUAUUGCGCUGGACAGGUGUUAUAUGCAUGUCCUGCGUAAUUUGUUGUUUCCACCCAGAUGCCAGUUGGGGGAAAAAAACUCAACUGUCGUCGUUUCGUACCUGUAUAAGUACCUAGUAGUGUUCUGUGUAGCACUUGUUCUGACUUCUGAUGUUCACUAACACCUGCAAGAUUCCAGAACGUCUGUAGCUCUGACUAUGAUCAGGUAGUUCUAAAAAAAACUGUGUCAGAGUCUGUGAAUCAUUUAGGAUGAGAAACAAUUGUUGUCUGUUUCUUUUACAAUGUUGUCACUUUCCACUGUUGUUGAUAAUUUUGGUAAUUUUUCACUGUUGUUGAUUUUGUUUUAGUGUCAAACACAACUUCCAAACCAUAAAAUGUGCUAUCUUUCUGUUUAUCACCAGACUGCAAUGUGUGUUCAUCGUUUGCUUCUUUAUAAGAAAAUCAAUUUGAUGGUUUUGUUUUAGUAUGUAUUUUGGACUUUUAUUAAAACCAAUACUGACCCCAAUAUUGGAUAUCAGAAGUACUGUUGGCUACUUAGUUUGAACUGGAGCCAUUUUCAAUCUCACAAGUUGCCUGCUUUUAUGGCAAAUGUUGGGACCAACAUCUGUGGUAGCCAAGGAAACUAGGUAUGUACUUACUUACCUUUUCUUUUGAAAAAUUUGAGAGAGACUUUUUUUCUGUACAAAUUGCAAGUGUAGUCUUGCGGUAUGGUCCUUAGCAGAUAAAAAUGUAUUUUGAAACUGUUUAUUUAGAGGUUGCGAUGGUGGAAUGACUCAUAUGUUGAUAUGUUAAUGUUAAGUUGGCCAAAUGAGAUUGUGGUCAGGGGCUGUAUAUCAUAUCUGUUUGUUAAAGACAUAUUUGUGUUCUGAAAAAACUUAAACAAUUUGGUGUGUUAGAAAAAAAUGGAUGGUGAUGAUGUUCCAGUUUUAUUUCUAGAAAGUUUUUUGUGUAGACCCAAAUGUUUUUCUACCGUAUUUACCCGUGUAUGGGUCGCACAUUUUAUGCUGAUUUUAGUUUCAAAAAGUGUAGUGCAAUCCUUUAGUGAGUUUUUCACUUUGAGUUUAAAAAAAAAUUGCACUGUGUGAUCAAAUAUGUGUUCAUUUUUAAUAAUUUUAACUCCAUGAGUAAGUACAGUAUGUUUAAUCAAAAUAUUUCAGCAUUCGCACGAAGCUCCAUUAGCAGCACAGUUUGUUCUAUGUUUGCCGUGAUGUGUGUGUUGCACUGCAAGAUGAGGAGGGGAAAUGUAAACAUAUACCAGCCAGAGAGACAGCAUGUGUGAGGCCGUGUGGCAGUGUUGACGGUUUUCCCCUCCCUCUCUUCUUCGUAAAUGUCCCGUGAACUGGCAGCCACACAAUUAACGUGUCUAUCUCGACAUGUGUCAUGAUGCGACUGUGACCAAUCAUUAUUGUUUUUUUUUUUUUUCAUGAGAUUUCCCAGCUUUCAACUGAACAUACCGUGAUGUUUAUAUUCCUCCAGCCCCGCUCAAGUUUGCCGGUAACCGUGAGUGCUAGUUUUUAUAGAAGGAACUGACAAAACGCCGCCUCUUCUUUCCUGGCAGCAAGGAGAUAGAUAAAAAAUAAAAUACAAUAGACGGGAGGGAAACAAGGGUAUGAAAAAUAGGCAGACUUCUACUUUUUAUUUUUGGUUAAGUAGUGCAUCGGUCCGGGGGGGGGGGGGGGGGGUCGUAAAUAUGGGAAAGUGGGUCGUCUCGCACCCUCACGUAGUAAACAAAGAAGACCUGAGGGUCAACACCAGUGCUGUAUUUCUCACGCGCCAGCUAAGAUACGGAACGCAAAGACACCAGCAUCCACGGAACUUUAGUGUGAAGACAGAUAUACGAUGCGACCUUACGAUGAAAAUGUUAGGUUUUUAUGCUCAAAAUGAUAAAUGCGACCGAUACCCUUCUGCGGGUAGGUACGGUAUGUUAGGUCGUGGUGGUAGUGGUGAGAACGCUAGGCUACCCAUGCUUGAUUGCCGACAGGGUCACACCGCGCUCCCCUCAAGACAUGGCCGUGAGCCAGUGGGUUGUCUCGUGGUGCUCCUGUUCCCUUCAUCUGUGAUCACCUAGGUGUCAGUGAGAUGGUUAGCCCCUUUCAUUGCAGUCAGCAUAUUUUUGAAUGUUCCUGAAGGUUACAUACAUCACAGGUGUCCAGGUCACUCGUGUCUCGUCAAAUCCCUGAAGUAAACAGUAACAGUCUGAAAAGUCAAUGGAACUUUCAUUUUGAGCAGCCUUUAGCUAACUUUUUUUUUCAUGCUUCUCACUUUAGUUCAUAGUUGCACAUAAGUAUAAAUAGACUGUCUACUUAAAUCACCUAGAAAUUAUGACUGUAAAAAUUUUGGGUUUCUAAUAUGAAAAUCGCCAUGUUCUUGCGGAAUUGUAGUUCUGUUUGUGUUACCUAUGUUUAAUUUUUUUUGUAUGUAAAAAGGUAAAAACUGACCAUUUGAUACAAAAAGUUGUGAAAAUAUUAUAUUAAAAGGUCUUUAAAACGUACUGAAAUUAGUUUACCAAAUAUUUGACUCCAUAAAAGAAUUAUUUUAUUGGUACUUUGUACUGCCAUGUAUAUUAUUUUUAAUUUCUCUUGUGUUGAGUUGUCUCAAACCGCCAGGAAUAGUACGUUGCAAUGUGGUUGUUUGCUAGUAGUAUAACAACAUAAAUUAAGAGCAUCCAGAAGUGUUCCUGUAGUCUUGAAAACUCGUGUGUGGAGGACUCGGUCCAUCGUAAUAGUGAAGUUCUUGCCCUGUAAAGACUCUUGAGCUCAUAUUCCUACUGUCCAAAGCAGUGGGUACAAAUCAUGAUUUCACUGUAAGCAAUGGCGUAGCCAGGAUUUGUGUAUGAGGGGGUGUUAAGAAGCAUGCCCCCCCCCCCCCCCCCCCCCCCCCCUCCUCACCGUAUUAAAGCGUGGUGGGUCCGGUGGUCCUCCCCCGGGAAAAUUUGGAUUUUAAUGUGUAAAAUAAUGCUAUUUUAGCAGUUUUCGGUACUUAAAUUUAAAUAUUGUAAUGGUAAAAAUUUUAUUCAUUUUAAUAUGAAAUUUGUUUGAGUGAUGAAUAAUAUAUUAAUUAAAGAUUUGGUUCCCUAAACCCCCCCCCCCCCCCCCCCCUGGCUACGCCACUGACUGUUAGUAAGUAUUAUUUUAGAAUUUAAUGUUUGUGGUAAAUGUAAUCAUUACAACUGUGUUUGUGCAUGAAGAAUUUGAAAUGUCGUAGUUUAUAACUUAAUUGCAAUAUGUGUGUACAAUUGCUGCUUGAUUGUGAUACUUAGUUAAUGGUUGCCAUGCAGUGAAAUCAUGAUUUAUUAUUUGGCCCUAUUAUUUUUACAUUCCACGUGAUAAAAUUUUUUUGGUACAAUAUUAAAAAAGACAUUAGAAAAUACAUAGUUUGACCAUGUAUUUACUUUUUACUACAUUUUUUAUUUUGAGUUAUUAAAAUAAACUUAAGGUUUCACUGUGUGUUACUAAUUACUAUAUGAUGUGCAAUCAGUCCUAGAUGUACUCUGAUAAUGGUUGUGAUUCAAAACGAAUUGCUAGUUUGUAAGUUAUGUAUUGUGUAAAAUUUCGCUACAUAAAGACAUUGCACUUUAAAAUAAUUAUAAUAAAUCAGUGUUACUGAAAUUUUACGUAUUUAUGAUAAAGACAGUGCCCAAGAUUUCACUAGCCUGUGGUUAGAAACUUAUGCAGUAAUUAGUAAUAUUAAUAUAACAAUAGUUACAACAUUUUAUCACUUUUACCACAGAAUGGAACCUCAUUACAAAUACCUCAAUUAAACUCUUAACAAGAUGAUUUACAUUUGUAAACAGUUCAAUAUAAAGUCUUUUCAUCGAGGACUAUUUUCAGUUAAGUUGUAAUGAAAUGAGAUUUCACUGAAUGGUAUUUUAAAUAUUUAAGUGCAAUCAUACAUAAUACUUAUGUAAUGCAUUAACGAGAUUUCACUUACUUGAUGGUGAUGUUAAUAUGAACAGGAUGUAUGUACAGUACAUAUUUUGUAAUUAAAAUUAGCUUAGGGUAUUGUUACACUUCUGGCUGGACGUGUUAAGGUGGAUUUAUUCGACUUUGUGCACUUAACUGAACUGACAGCAUCGCAAUGUGUGAUGAGACCUGGUUCUACACAGACCAACUCCAGUGCUGAUAGACCAAAUGUAAUAAUACUUUUUAACUACACGUGCUGUGUUUUUUUGCUCAGCAGUUCACUUUCAUAGAAACUAAAUGUCCGUUAGCAUCAAUGUUUUCUGAUUUCAUCACAGUUCAGUAUAAGUCGUACACUAUUUCUAAAGCUGAACCCAAGAGCUUCCACAAAAAAAUGUAAUACCAAUAUAUGCAAGCUUUGCAAACUUAAAUCACAAUUUUUAUAGACUAAGAGAAAAUUUUGAUUCUGAUUGUGACUUAACAUAAUAAUAAUUUAUUCUUUGAGUAUUUCUUGUAAUGUAACUUUUUUGUAAAAUGUGUUUUCAGUUUUUAAGGAAAUGCAUUUUUAUAUCUAACUAUAAUGCAGGAGUUUUGUAAAUAGAAUUCGUAAUUAUACCAGCUUUAGAGACUUUAGCUCGUCCUUUCCAUCUUGCAUAGAAAUCAUGCCAUAUUUCCACACACGUCUUGGAAUACAGUAUUAUGAAUGUUCACCUGUAAAUGGCAUAGUAUGUGUUUUUAUAUAUAUGUAUAUAUAUUUCAUUAUCAAGCAUGUUACAUUUAAGACUUAAAGACAUUUGAACUAAAUAACUAGCAGAACAAAUUUAUUUUGUAAUUUUAAUGCCAAAGAUGUUACAUUGUAAUCAUUUACUGUAGUUUUAAUUCCAUAUUAUUUUAUAGUUUUAAGGCCACAUUUUGCAAUGUAUUUUCUCAAUAAAAUGUAAUUCCAUUUCCAAA